GCGUGGCCAGAAUUAAAAGCAUCAAAACUAUCAUUACUAGCAGUCAAAUUAUCAGAGAUCAGCAAAACAAAAAAUUUUCGUCGGGAUAUGCAUAAUGCACGAAAUCUCCCACACUAUAUCAUAGUACCGAUCCGCCCCAUCUUGGAAACAUACCCUCUAGCUUCCUGCCUUCCAAGCGACAUUCAUCCAUAGCCGCACAAUUUUUCCCACACCACAGGAGAGCUAAUUAAACAACAUAACUACAGUGUGAGAAAUUAGCAACAUUAAAUAAUGACCAAGAAGAUUAGUUUCUUGUUGCCUACAACCAAUACAACAACAACAACACCAACAGCAGCAACCGACAUGGAAGAAAAACUGCACCAGAAUCCGUCCAAAUCCCCUCGAAUCAAAUCUCACAAAUUGGCAUUAGAUUGUGAUCAUAAGGCCACCGAAUUUCGGCCAUUCACAUUAUCUUCGCCUCACAUGCGGGCCUUCCACCUGGCAUGGCUAUCCCUCUUCGCUUGCUACUUCUCCACUUUCUCCAUCCCUCCGUUGCUCCCCAUCAUCAGGGAGGAUCUCAACCUCAGCCCUUCCGACAUCGGAACCGCCGGAAUCGCCGCCUUCAUCGGUUCCAUCUUGUCCCGCCUCACAAUGGGGCCCGCUUGCGACCUCUUCGGGCCCCGCCUCGCCUCCACCAUUCUUUCCCUCCUCACCGCUCCCGUCAUCCUCUCCAUGUCAUUAGUCUCAACCCCUCAGGGGUUUAUCGUCGUCCGAUUCCUAAUCGGAUUCUCUCUCGCCAACUUCGUCGCAAACCAGUUCUGGAUGAGCUCCAUGUUCUCCGGCUGCGUCGUCGGCCUCGCCAACGGCGUCGCCGCCGGCUGGGCCAAUGUCGGCGCCGGAGUCACCCAGAUCGUCAUGCCCAUGAUAUACUCCCGUUUCCUCAGCGCCGGCAUGACGUCGUCAACCGCCUGGCGGAUGACCUUCGUUUUGCCGGCGAUCUUCCAGGUUAUAACGGCAAUCAUGGUGCUUGUAUUCGGCCAGGACUCGCCGGAUGGAAGUUUCAGGAGAAGAGGCAUUGCCAACACGGAGAAAAAACCCGAUCAAAUCGGGUGUUUCAGCAUUCUUUUUAACGGGCUAAGAGAUUACAGAGGAUGGAUGUUGGGCAUGGUUUAUGGGUUUUCUUUCGGAGUUGAAUUGACGACUGACAAUAUCGUCGCUCAGUAUUUUUAUGACAGGUUUCAUUUGGACGUUCAGACCGCCGGUGCAAUCGCGGCGAGCUUCGGGCUGGCGAAUUUGGUGUCCAGGCCCGCCGGUGGGGUGGUUUCUGAUCUGAUGGGGAAGAAGUUUGGGAUGAGAGGCCGGCUCUGGAGUUUGUGGGCGGCUCAAACUGUGGCCGGUAUCCUCUGUGUGGUACUCGGGCUUGUGAAUUCUCUAUGGGCCUCCAUUUUGGUGAUGUGCUGCUUCUCGUUGUUCGUUCAGGCCUCUUCAGGCCUUACUUUUGGUGUCGUCCCAUUCGUUUCCAAAAGAUAUCUGGGAGUAAUAUCAGGAUUGACGGGAAGUGGAGGGACGUUAGGGGCAGUGAUCACUCAGUUGCUACUGUUUUCGGGAUCGACGGAACUCUCAACCCAAACAAGUAUUUCACUGAUGGGGUUCAUGAUGCUUGCCUCGACUCUUCCGAUUACCCUCAUCUACUUUCCACGUUGGGGUGGAAUGUUUUGUGGCCCUUCUUCCAAACUUGAUUCCGAAGAUGAUGAUGAGUAUCACUUGCUGCAAUGAGACAUCCUAUGAUGAUGUAAAUUAAUUAAUUCCCAGGAAUCGCAAACUCAGAAAAAUGGUCCAAGUCAAAUAGUUGGAAACAAAGAAAUGGAAAUGAAUAAUAAAAUGAAAGCCGCCAACUUUAAGUUAAAGGGGGCAAAAAUGGAUAGGGCAAAUGCUAGACAAUAAUCACAAAAAAACCAUAAGUUUGCGAGAAUCGAUCAUCAAAACUAUGUAGUUAGUCUCAUGUACUGAAAAUUUAGUUUGUAUUUUUCAUAUGUGACGAAGAAUCAAUAUCCAUUUUCCCCCUUUUACACACAUUCUUUUUUGGAUUUGGAAGUGAGCACACAAUGUGCUCUAGUUUCCCAUGGCAAUGCUCUAUGGUUUUAUGACUGUAAUUUAUUUUUUUAUUUUAUUAAAAAGUAUACCAAUCAACUUAUGUUGGAAUUUGAACUAUCUGAAUGAGAA